CCACCGGGACGUGGCAGCCCGGGAAGCGGCGACCCCGGGGAGCCCCGGGAGAGGCUUGAUGGGGGGACGUGUUCUUGUGGGAUCACGUUCCUCAGGGGGGGUUCACCUCCCCGUGCUCACUCUCGUUCCCCCUUCUCCCUACCCCCCAGCACCUCGCUGCUUGGUGGCAGCAGGGCAUGCCGGCCUCGGUGGGGAGCUGAACUCCGGCCUCCUCCUGCCUGCCUGCGAGCCCGGCCCCCUUCGUCAUGGCUGACACACUGGAGUUCAACGAGAUCUACCAGGAGGUGAAGGGAUCCAUGAAUGAUGGCCGGCUGCGGCUGAGCCGCCAGGGCGUCAUCUUCAAGAACAGCAAGACGGGGAAGGUGGACAACAUCCAGGCCUCAGAGUUGGCAGAGGGUGUGUGGCGGCGUGUGGCACUCGGUCAUGGCCUCAAGCUUCUCACCAAGAACGGCCAUGUCUACAAAUACGAUGGUUUCCGGGAAUCGGAGUUUGAUAAGCUCUCAGAUUUCUUCAAGGCACACUAUCGUCUGGAGCUGGCUGAGAAGGAUCUGUGUGUGAAGGGUUGGAACUGGGGCACAGUGAGGUUCGGAGGGCAGCUUCUCUCCUUUGACAUCGGGGAGCAGCCGGUGUUUGAGAUCCCCCUCAGCAAUGUCUCCCAGUGCACGACGGGCAAGAACGAAGUGACACUGGAGUUCCACCAGAAUGAUGACGCUGAGGUCUCACUCAUGGAGGUUCGCUUCUACGUGCCCCCUACCCAGGAGGAUGGUGUUGACCCUGUGGAGGCCUUUGCUCAGAAUGUCCUCUCCAAGGCAGAUGUGAUCCAGGCAACUGGUGAUGCCAUCUGCAUCUUCCGGGAGCUGCAGUGUUUGACGCCUCGUGGGCGAUACGACAUCCGCAUCUACCCCACCUUCCUGCACCUCCAUGGCAAAACCUUUGACUACAAAAUCCCCUAUACUACCGUGCUGCGCCUCUUCCUGCUCCCACACAAGGACCAACGGCAGAUGUUCUUUGUGAUUAGCCUGGAUCCACCAAUAAAGCAGGGCCAGACCCGCUACCACUUCCUUAUCCUGCUUUUCUCCAAGGAUGAAGACAUCUCACUGACCCUCAACAUGAAUGAGGAAGAGGUGGAGAAACGCUUCGAGGGGCGGCUCACUAAGAACAUGUCAGGCUCCCUCUAUGAGAUGGUCAGCCGAGUUAUGAAGGCACUGGUGAACCGCAAGAUCACCGUGCCUGGCAACUUCCAGGGACACUCUGGAGCCCAGUGCAUCACCUGCUCCUACAAGGCCAGCUCAGGACUUCUCUACCCACUGGAGCGUGGUUUCAUCUAUGUUCACAAGCCGCCAGUGCACAUCCGCUUUGAUGAGAUCUCCUUCGUCAACUUUGCCCGUGGGACCACCACCACCCGCUCCUUCGACUUCGAGAUCGAGACCAAGCAGGGCACACAGUACACCUUCAGCAGUAUAGAGAGGGAGGAGUACGGGAAGCUCUUUGAUUUUGUCAAUGCCAAGAAGCUGAACAUCAAGAACCGAGGCCUCAAGGAGAGGAAAAAGGGUAUGAAGCAGAGCUACGAUGAAUAUGCCGACUCUGAUGAGGACCAGCACGACGCCUACCUGGAGAGGAUGAAGGAGGAGGGCAAGAUCCGGGAGGAGAACGCCAAUGAUAGCAGCGAUGGGUCUGGAGAGGAGACAGAUGAGUCAUUCAACCCCGGGGAAGAGGAUGAUGAUGUGGCUGAAGAGUUUGACAGCAAUGCCUCGGCCAGCUCCUCCAGUGGGGACGGUGACAGUGACCGAGGUGAGAAGAAGCCAGCCAAGAAGGCCAAGAUAGUCAAAGACCGCAAGCCCCGCAAGAAGCAGGUGGAGAGCAAGAAAGGCAAAGACCCCAAUGCUCCCAAGAGACCCAUGUCGGCUUACAUGCUUUGGCUGAAUGCCAACCGAGAGAAGAUCAAGUCAGACCAUCCUGGUAUCAGCAUCACAGACCUGUCCAAGAAGGCUGGGGAGCUCUGGAAAGCCAUGUCUAAGGAGAAGAAAGAGGAAUGGGAUCGCAAGGCAGAAGAUGCCAAGAGGGAUUAUGAGAAGGCCAUGAAAGAGUACAGCGUGGGCAACAAGUCAGAGAGCUCCAAGAUGGAGAGGUCUAAAAAGAAGAAGAAGAAGCAGGAGAAACAGAUGAAAGGGAAAAUGGAGAAGAAGGGUGCUGCCUCCAAGUCUUCGUCCUCCACCAAGUCCUCUGCCAAGAAUAUGAGCGAGAGCUUCAAGAGCAAGGAAUUUGUCUCCAGCGAUGAGAGCUCCUCUGCAGAGAGCAAGAAGGAGGACUCAGACGAUGAGAGAGGCGCCAGCCCGGCCCAAAGCUCAGAGGAUUCUGCGUCUGGCUCGGAUUAGUGCUGUCCCCGCUGGCUCCAGGCUGGUUCCCAGAUCAGCGUGAGGACCGGGUGGGCCGGCCCGCAGGAGGGGGCCUGGCUCUUGGGCUCUGGCUGGCUCCGAACCUGCUUGGCUGCCCUUCCUCCUACCCCUGCUGCCAGGUGAGGGGAGGCACUGGAGUGGGGCAGGAGGGUGCCCAGACUCACUGCCUGAGCCCUUCCCCUCAGUGCCUGGCUACAGAGCAAGGCCCUGUGGAGGGGAGGCCCAGGAGGAGCCUCAGUCCCACCUCUGCCCUGUUUCUCAUCAAUUUAUUUUUUUUAAAUACU